CCAAAGUGGUUAGCUAUCACCUUCUAGUUGCUAAUAUUCACGGGAGAAUAAUUACAGACCGCCAGUGUCUCUUUGGUCUUAGAUCUCACACACAGGCACACACGUUUAAUAUGACAUCACUACGUAGGCUAUUUAACAUAGCUUUGUCACUGAUAUGACCAAAUAUGCUCAACAAUUUAACAGCUUGGACUUGGUGAGCGAUUCUGGUCCGGAAGGAAAUUCGUUUCCUUCAAUUCAGUUGAGUCGUUAGUCAGUGGUGAGAAGAGAACUACCAGCAGCACAGUUUUGUUAUCUGCGUGAGAGCAAAGAUGCCUCGGACCGUUACAUGCGCUCUAAAAGACAUGCUGUAUAGCCUCAGUAAAAUGCAGAUGGAGGAGUUUAGCUCAGCUCUCCUGGACCGCAAGGAAGAGCCAAGUGUCAAGCGCAAAGAUCUGGAGGACAAAUCCCGUGUGGAAGUGGCAGAUGUCCUGGUAACUAUCUUCACAGAGUCCCGGGCAAUACAAGUGGCUCUUCAGACGCUGGACGACAUUAAAUGCAACGCGCAAAGAGAGAAACUGGCUAAGGAGGUAUCUGAAGCAUUACUGACAUCCGUUAACACCCAAGAGACAUAUGAAGGACCAAAGACACCGAAUUACAGACAUUGCAACAUAAUGCUUGUGGAAACUACUGGUGCAUCCAUGUCAACAGCUCAACAGGACAAGCUGAAAUACUCAGGUGUUAAUGCCUCAAACGCCAUGGCAGAGAUUGACUUGGAGGAUAUGAAAAAAUACAAAUCCAUCAUCAAAGAGGUGGGUCUUGAGAAAGAGGUCGAUCCAGCACUCAUUGCUGCCAUCAUCUCAAGAUCAUGCAGGGCUGGAAAGGCACUGAAAGGGGGAUGGGGGCCCCCUAAGACCUUUGGGCUGAUGCAGAUUCUCAUCACUUCAGAUCGGCUCGGACAGACCGCCACAGAUUCAUGGGCCAGUAGGGAACACAUCUGUCAAGGAACCGACAUCCUGAUUAAUUUCCUGUUACGGAUCAAGCAUGCAUUUCCUGACUGGAGCAGGGAGCAGCAGCUGAAAGGUCAAACAGGACUUUCUGACAAACUAACAACCCUCUUUCUUUUGCUUUGUUCUCAUUUGUGGUUUGUCUCUACAGGAGGGAUAGCGGCCUACAAUGCAGGAGAUGGGAAAAUCCACUCCUAUGAGAAGGUCGACUCCGAAACCUCAUGUGGCGACUACUCCAAUGAUGUUAUUGCCAGAGCUCAGUGGUACAAAACCUAUGGUGGCUUUUAAUUCCUGAUGCUCAUUAAGAUCAUGUAUGAAGCACCCUGUUGUAAUUCAUACCCUAAGCUAAAUGAACAUAAUGAAUAGCAAAACCAUGUCUUUAAUGAUUGCAGUAUAAAAUAAAACAUAAAAAACAUAUUGAGGUAUUUUCAGCAAGUACAUCUCAGAAGCAUGCAUAACUGUUGAAUAAAAAGUGAACGAUUGAGACCAAAGAUCCCAUUCUUUCAAUUGUUUUAGACUACUGUUCUCUCUGUCAGACAUUGCCUGCAUUAUUAUGGAAAAAAUUGGUAUUGGAUUAAGAUCAUCCUCACACUUAGCUUUACUGUUAUUCGUACCCAUUAUCUCUCUAGUUAUUUUGUCUCUUGUGAGAUUAACUAAUUGGUCCAGAUAUACCGGAUACACCAAACAGUGUUAAAUCACUACAAUAAUAACCAAGACACGUCUGUCUGCAAAACUCUGCGAGAGUCCUCGGUAAAAAACCUUUUGAUUCUGUUAAAUUCUCUCUUGAAAAAAAACGCAAAUACAUUAUCUAUUCAUAUUUUACCGUACAGGUACACUUAUACUUAGAUUAGAGCUGCGAUUGGGCCUCCGUCCGAGUUCAGAUUCUCACCAGAAAAGGGAGGAAUACUUCCUUUUAUCAAAAAAAUGUGUUGUUCUCUGUCCUCUUUCGGAGUACCCGUCAGCAGUCUAAUCCAAUCCUCGUCGCCAUAUUGUUGUGGAAAUUCCACACUUAAUCACCUUCUGGAAAGAAAAGAACAAAUCUACAAGCUUCAAAUCAAAAUUGUGUUAUUUAAUAAAGAGUAGAGCAUUUAAUAGAAUCAAUUCCAGCUGAAGGCCAGAUAACCUGCACAACCAAUGUCGUACAAGGAUCUGACCGCGAUCAAACAUUAAACCAGGUUCUUAAAGGGAAGGAAGAAGGGGAACAGCCAAUCAAAUUCUACAUUAUAAACAUUAAUGGAGAACAUUUGGCCAGAGGGGCAAACUGCAUACAACAAAGCAAUUUACAUUACAGGAUGCUAAAACAAAGGAUAUAAGGCAUGUUUAAUUAUAUCAGGUAACAUCUGUAUGAUAAUUUGCCUGACACUGGUCCAGUGGCAACCUCCUGUCUCUAGAGAAGAUAAGAUUUCCAGUCUUAAAGGUGUUACAAAAGCAUGGGAAAGACAGCCGUAGUUAACAUACUGGGAAAAAUCAAACCAGGGAAGUAAUUACUUGACCUAUAUACUGUAUAUAAUUAAAUAAGACUUACGAUACAUUUCUACGAUUGAUUAGCGAACCAGUUAUUUUCAAAAAUAUUGUUUUGUUUCUUGACUGAUCUGUACCAGUGUAAACCAGGGUAUGAACUGUUAGUAAAUUAUUUGCAUUUCA